AUGACAAAGACGACAAAUACCACGUGGCUCAAACAGUACAAGAGGUUGAGGAGGAAGUUAUUGACUAGGACUUACGACAAGGACUUACGACAAGCUAUCCAACUUUUGCUAUCGCAAACAUCUUCCUCUUCGGUGCCGUCGCAAUCAUCAUCUCAUGAAGCUUGGAAGUCUCUUCUCAAACCUCGAGAGCCCCCGAAGUGCUUGGUGCAUAACGAAGUCGCGAAAGAGUUUCGAGUAAACAAGCCUGGGGUCAAUAAAGGUAGAUUGUUUUGGGUCUGUUCAAGGCCGGUGGGACCCGGAUACGAUAAAGGUCGUGAAGAAGUUGAUUCGAAAUGGAAAGGCAAUUACUCUGUAUGGAGUAGUGAUAUUGGAGUCAACCGUACAACAAAUCAAUCUGGAAUAUAGAGUCUUCUCAAGACUUUGUUCUGUCUGUGAGCCGGUCUACCUGAGGACUGAGUACU